GCGUUGGUAAUUUUGACACAGCAAUUGAACGAUUGCAAAUCGCCGUGACUGGCGUGGCUCAUGCCAGGCAAAUAAAGGCCGGCAUGGCGCCAGAUUCACCGCGGCUUGAACUAUGGAAGAUGAUUCACACAUGUCAGAGAGACCUAGUCUAGAUUAAGAACGCUGAGACACUCCCACGGGCUUACACACCCUCUUAAUAACAGGUUCGUGAUUGAAUAUGGAGUCAUGAACAAUGGUCGCUAUAAAGAUGUUUCUUUCUUGCCUCAUGGCUUUCUUCUCUGACAUUGCUAUUGCUGCCUCCAUACCGAACAUUCUACCUUCGCCGUAUGAUCGUGUGACCGACAUAACCUGGCGCGGCAAUGUUACCGAAGGUGGCCCAGUCGUCACCUACACCGGUACCAGCCUCGAUCACAUCGAGCAGCAGAUCGCCGCGGAUGUUCCCGGUUUCGCCUGGAACACGACCUGGCACGCAACCGCUUUUCACCGAAAGACAGUGUGGCCGGACGCCUACCCCCCUCUCGGGGUUCACCCGGUCCAGGACACCCCCGCCCGCUGCGGCAUGGUCGUGAACCACCGACCUUGCGACUUCCAGGCACUGAGAGACGGAUACGAAUACCUGCUCCACAAGGCUGGCUCCGUCUUUCUCGACGCCCGCAGCUGCCAGCGCGUCAGCUGCUCCUGGGACUCCGGAAUCUAUUUCUGCAACGACCGGGACCGCCCCGUCCAGGUCCCCGUCCAACAUUUGGGGUGGUACGCCUACAACAUCACGCUCGGUUGCGGCGGACAGGAGGGCAUGGGCGCCACGGGCGUUGCCGGCCAGAUGUUCAACGAGGAGGAGUGGAAUGUGUUCGUGGGGGCCACCAGCGCCGGGGAAGACUGCUAGACCGGUCGUCAAG